AUGGCGACCCCGUCGUCUUCCGCGACGACUCCCUCGCCCCAGCUUGCGUUCAUGCAGCCCCACACGCCCGUCGCCCCUGCAACCCCCGCGACGAACGGCCUCACCGCCACCGAUAAAGAGGAGAGGGAAAGAGCGGUACAGAAGUUCCUCGCUAGGGCCGAGAUUGGCAAGCUCACUCGCGGCCUCCGGACGCGUUUAUCGUACGCGUCAUUCAAAGCCACGAAUAAUCUAGCGCACAAUACGCUUCACGACCUCGAGAAUGACGCGCGAUUGCAGUCCCGCGCCGCGGCUCAUCGGACUGCCAACUACUACAACAACCCCGCCACACAAGGUAACACUGGAAUGACACCUGGUGGACGUGGGCGUACGCCUGGCCGUAAAGGCCCUAUGGGCCCUCCUGCCCCAGUCACCGCAUCUGCGACGCAGAGCUUAUUCGCGACCAUUCUAGCGCCGCCACCCGCUAAACGGGCGCGCACAAUUCAUAAUCCUCAGGACCCCCCUGUCCCCGCCCCUGCAAAAUUGCAAGCACCUUCUCCGUCACACAAACCAAGCAAGUCAUCCCGCAGUGCAGAGAAUACCACCGCCAAGCCGAAGCGUAAGAGAGCUCGGGAAAGCAGUGGCGCAAAGGGCAAGGGGAAACAACACCCCACGGUGAACAGCACUGCGGAUAUGGAUAUUGACUACGCAGCUGCGACGGCGCUAACAUCGCUGUUGCUCUCUUCGAAGGCCUCGAAAUCUGCGACAGCAUCCUCACCGCGAUCGAGCAUAUCGGCUGGGUCGGACGCCGGGUCGUCUCAUUCAUUCCCCCACUUCCAACAGAGCUCUACGCGUACUGUUGCUGGACCCGCCUCAAUCAGGUCAGAGGCCUCCUUUGGCAUGUCACAGCCUCGUUCAGGCACCCCUGCGUCAGCCGCUGAUUCCACAAUGCACCUCCACUCGAGCAAUUUGCACGAGGAGGGAAGGAGUACGCCCAAGACGGGCAGGCGGCCUAUGUAUGCGUCCGAUCACUCGGGCACGCCCCAUCCGCCCACUGAUGCCGAAGCUGCGAACUCGCUACUCUUCCUGGCAACUUCGCCGUCGCCCGUGCGCGCUUCUGCGGCUCGUGACCGUGAUAGCAAAGACGCGGCGGCCUUCCGUACCGGCUCGAACCUCAAGGGACGCGUCCUAUUCCCUACGCACGGAGGCGGUACUGGAGGCGGUGGGGAUGACGCGUCCAGCAGUGGUGGUCGGUCAUUGCGCAGAGAAGAUACCGGCAGCUUCACGUCCACCGCGUCAACCACCUCCAGCCAGUUCUCGAUUGGCAGCAUGGCACACAUAUACAAUAGGUACGCGCAGAAUCGGCAGAUGUCGGGCUCGCCGAUGAACACGAGUCCCAAUUCCGGUACACCGAACGCAUCGCAGUUACCCGUGCCCAAAGAACCCACCGUGACUCCACCCACCCCGACAGAGCCCGCCGUGCCCAAUCUGUUGCCCGCGGCACCAUCUCCCACUCGUACAGACCGUUCAUACGCGUCUCCGCCUCCCGCCUCGCCAGAGCCGCAAUCGGAGUCCGCACGUGCGCAGCCCGUCAGGCAGCCGGUCGACAGCACACCUGGCAAUGGCUCAUUCAACCUGAGCGACUUCAUCAAUGUCUCGCCUUCACCUGCGGUUGCUGCUGGAUCUAUGUCGCGGUUGGGGUCGAUGACAGAGGUCGGACGGAGAUUGUUCGAGGAGCACCAUGCGGCUCCAGGUGCAGCGCGGAGUAGCGAUACUAGCGCGUCCGGCGCAGGGGGCGCGCUGGCGGCCGGGAUCGAUUUGUCGCGGAGCUGA